UGAAACCAGAGUUCAAAAUGCGCAACAUAUUUAAGACCAGAUCUCAGAGGAGCGACAUCAGGAGUCCUCUGAUCGAGAACAACAACAACAACAACAUACAAGAAAACGAACAAAAUGCAUACGAACAAGCCGCCACCGGUUUUAAUAACCCUGUGGCUCAGGACGCUUUCAACAUCCAAGAGGAACAGUCCCUGCGGAGUGAGGGACCGAUCUCGCUUCCUGAUCUAGCUGAACUUCUAUGCGUGGCCCCCGAUGUGAACACGGCCUCGGAUAGAUCUUGUUGCUCAAUGGGUCCUGAGCCCAAUUCAAGACAGCAGAGCAUCGUUGGCCUCAUACAAAGAUCUGUGCACCAGCACAUCCCGGAGCCACCGGCAGAUGUGGACACGGAACUUCAGCAGCACCUCUUAAAUGUGCAAGAAAGUGUGUGCAAGGAGCUUGUGAAGCUGGGGCCCCUGCUGGAAUCAAGGGGGCUGAUGGGACUUCUGAUUGAUUGCUACCAUCGUGAGACGUUUCGUCACCUCAAUGGUCUUCUCCAGAACAUCAGCUCCUCCCAAAAUUCCUUUGUGCUGAUGAAGUGGGUCCUUCAUACAUAUCUGAGUCCAGAGCUGCUCAGUCAUCCGGACCUUCAAAAAAUGGAUCUCAUGAAAAAGGUCGACUUCCUGCUGUUCACCGAGUGGGUAGAAAAGGCAAAGGCCAAACUGCUUGAAAAUGUGCAGGAAGAGGUCAGAGGUCAACUGGACAUAAUCAUGCAUAUCAAGAGAGGAGACGAAGCUGAUGAUGAACUUCAUGUUGACACUAUUCAGUGCAUUGAGGCCAUGCCCACAGAAGCACUCAAAAUCAGCCCCAAACUGUCUGAUCACGUGCAGAAAUUUUGUCUCCAAGAGUUGUUCUGGUUUCUUGAGAGGUACACUGAUAAGCAGGCGGAGAUUCUUGAAAAAAUGGCAAAAAUGGACAAACCAGAAAUGAAACACUUCUUCCAGACUUUGAACAACUGUAAAAAACUGAAGCUGCACGUGCUGACCAAAGCUAAAGGCAACCUUCUCAACGAAACUGUGUUUAAACUUGAAAACAUGGAGGCUUUUACUUUGAAACUUUUGAUGGAAAUUGUAGCUGACAUUGCAGAGAGCCACCUGAAGAAAUACUUCAGAUCGGAAAACAAAGAAUUCUUCUUCCUGGUUGACGCAGUAAAAGGUCAUUUCUCUGAGCUGUCGCACUUUCAGGAAAUACAAAAGAGCGUCAUGGACGAGGUCUACAAGCUCAUCGCUCACAGUUACCUCAAACAUUUAAUCCAAAGAAGCCAGCGCAAACUGGAGAGGGGCUGGAGUCGUGAUGUUGGGAAGCAAGUUUGGGAUGAUGCUACACUGCUUCAUGACAUUAUCUCAAAUAUAGUCCCAGGUGUCCGACAGUGGAACACCAUGCUGCUGGAAAUCAAAGAGCUGGUGGACUGCAAAAGCCUCGAUAUGCUGGAGCUCACAGUUGGAAAAAUGUAUAAAGAAUGUCCCACAUGGAGCGAGGACCUGGAGCUCCUGCCCUCACUGCUGCGAUGGAACGGUCUUUACAGAUGGCAGGUUACAGAGGUGCUGAAGGUCCUGGAAGUCCUUGAUGGUUAUGAACCCAGACCCAGAUCUGCAUCCUGGUACUCAUGUCUGCCAUGCUGCUGAAGAGUUGGCUGCUGAAAAACAAAGAUAACUUGAACAAGCAAAGAGUACAGAGCUGAAGUUCUAAGGUUGUAUUGCACUUUUUGAAUCAGCUGCAUCCUGUUAAAACUAUGUUACAGUUGUCACUUCUCAAAUCUCAAUUUAAGUUGCGGAUUUGUAGAUAUAUAGUUUAAACUAUAAAGGAAUAAUGUGCAGAGGCUGCUUUAUGUCUGAUGUUUGCACUCAUUUUGUUAUUUCAGGAAACUGGAUAUUUGUUGUAUCUUGUUUCCCAAAAGUUUGCAUUUUAAUUCAAAAUGAAAAAAUCUUCUGCAUGGUACGCUGCUGGAUGGCGUCAGCUGAGAACGUGGCCAGACAGAAUCGUUCGCUGUGUUAUUAUAUGACACUGGACGGCCAGACGACACCCUCCGCAGCAGCAGCAUGAUACACAGACUGUCAUGUCUGCAUGAUACACCGCUGAAUGGCGUCACGUUCGAACGAUGUAAUAUAAGGAGCACGAAGGCCCCUAUAGGGCGAGGGAGCAGUGGAUGGGAUGUGCUUUUUUCUGAACCUUACCAUGUGCCGCUUUUGCCUAAACCUCACCAUCUGUGCCAGCAUGUGUAUUUACUGACGUCCCGGCGUUGGUUGUCAU